AUGAAUGUUGGAUCAUCGUAUGAGCUGGCCGCCCACUGGGGAGUAGCAGGUAUGACCAGGGUAAGAGUGACCAUUGGAGCACAAGAAGAAUCAGAAACUCUCGCCAAUGUAAUAUCAAAUUCUGUCGGUCCCUGCCAGCAAGAUACCACGUACACCCCUCCAGAGGUUGAUGGUUUCUUCCAGCCUGCAUUCAUCAUUGACUGGUGCAGUGUUUCCAUGACCGCAGUACCUCCAUCACAACCCCAGAAUGAAUCGACUCCCGUUUUCUUGGGAGGGAUGUACGAUCCCCCUGCCAUGCAAACUGAAGAUACCGAUCGUUUUCUCGAGUUCCUACUACUGGUGGUUGUCCCGUGCGCCAUCAUGUUCUGUUCUAUGCUUGUCUUGGGCUACCUCAUGUGCUGCGGGCGGAGCAGACGGAAGGAACUGGCCAGUUCAUCUGAUUGCUUCAUAUUCGGCACCAGGAUGCAGCUGACCCAUCACAGGACCCUCCGUCGGGCCUGUCGCGACCUCCGUACGAUGUCCAACCGACGCGACGGUACUGCUUCCGUAGCAACACUCACUCCGAUAGGCACUCCAACGGUUGGAAGUCAAAGAUCACACUCCCGCUCAAGGUAAAUAAAAAGCCCGAUGAUGUUUGUAGUGUGGCCGAGUGUUCUAACAUGUCUACCUCACAAAUCAGUCAGAAACAAGCAAACUCAUAUUAUAUUGAACUAAACUCAAAAAUAAAGAUGUUGACCAAAAUGAAGUCUCGUAGUGCUCUGAUUUAUUGGUCUGCAAUGCAGACCUCACUAGGCAUUGCCUUCACAAAUAAUACAUUCAAAUAUAUUCAAAAAUAAUGUCACAUGAUAAAUUCAACCAAUAGAGAAACAGAGAAUGGGAGAACCCAGAAAAGUGGAGGAACCAAGGGUGAAAGGUGAACCAAUGAGGAUGAGGUAAGAUGAUAUGAAUGAAGAAGAAUGUUCUGAAUGUAAAUGAGAAAAUAACAAUAGAAACAUGUGAAGCUGUAUGGAGUUGGAAUGGCAAUGGAAUGAUGUGAUGAAGAAACUAAGGAAUGAGAGAAACGGGUGUGUGACAGAGGCAUAGAAAUGGUAGUGAAGAGAAGUAUGGAAAGCAAAGUGUGAAAUAAACAAUUAUAUUAAAUAAGGCAAAAUUCAACUCUUACAUAAACUUCCUUCUUCGCUAAAAAAUGUCCUCAUUUUUAUAAGUUUCAUAUUGAUACAUAUUUGUCAAAAGUAGUUUUCCAAAAACUUUGGAUUAAAAAAAUUGAGGAUGAGUACUUUCUUUGAUGAAGGAAAUCCAUAAAUAUAUAUAUUUUUAAGCAUUAUCUGCAACUUUUGCAACUGUCAGUAAAACAAUUUUUUUUUUUUUUUUUUUUGAUAAUUUGAAAUUUUCCAAAAUAAAAUUAUCCAGAAAGAACAUUAAUCAUUUUUUUCUUAUUUUACAAAUGAAAACGUUUUACUUGUUUAUUUGAACAAAAUAUAAGAUCAAUGAAUGUUGUUCUUCUGUCAGUUGCAAUAGAAAUACAAGAACAUGAAUUACAUCUGUAUUUCUUUCAUUUCAAUAAAUGCAAAUCUUUAAACAUAAAUUUAUAUAUACAUGGCAAAGUUGUUUAGUCCCUUUUCAAUAUACAUGUUGCUAACACAGCAAGAAAUAAAACAUUUUUUUUUUUUUUUUUGCCUGUGUUCUAUAAAGCACAAUAUACAGUAAUCUGUACAAUAACGAGAACUGAAUAAUAUCAAAGUAUUCUUUUUAUACAAAUAUUUUCUUUUGCGGAUUUAAAAUGAAAUCCUCAGAUCACUAAAUUGACUUUAUCUCUUUUUUUUUUUUUUUUUUUUUAAAGAAAAUUCAGAAAUAUGUUUGAAUGUGCUUAAAUAUGAAAAGAAAACAUACAUAAUACUGAACUUUUCUUUUCUGUUAAAUAAACUACAUCACAUGAUCUUUUAUUUGGAA